AGUCCCAGCGAGACAACACCACGUCCUCCUUCUCCAACUUUGUCCAACUUUCUCUCACUCAUUUUUUCUCCCCCUCCGUGUGUGUUAUUUAAAAAAACAAACAAAAACAAACAAACAAGAAAACUUUGAGCUCCAGCUUCGGGACUUUGUGUGCGCCUGGCUUUGCGACUUUUUUUUUUUUUUUCCAUUUUUUUUUUCUCGGUUGCUCCAAAGUUUGCUAUGAUAAGAGACUAUCGAGAUUUUUUUAAUUUAUUAAUUUAUUUUUCUGCUGCCCAAACAGGAUUGUAAAGUUCUUGAAAUAUGAGGAUUAUUCAUUUGCUGUGAGCUUCAUCGCCGUCGAGUAAGAAAAAAAAAAAAGAGGAGUUUCUUCUUCAGCUGGGAGCAGAAGUCGGCAUGUAGCGCAGGAUCAGGGCACCCGUUCUCGCUCCUCCUCAUCGUCGUCGUCCCCCCUCCUCUCCGGACAACUUUGGGAAUGGGCCAGCGCCUUGCCAGGGUGCAUCUCUCCACCCGGUGGUGUGGCUGGCGUCGCGCGAGAGUGAGGAGGGCAGCAGCCAGGUCGUAGAGCCGGCCCACCCGUCGCCCCCGCUCCCUCGCUCGCUCGCUCUCAAGUGACUUUUGACCUUCGACUCAGCCGCGACCGAGCCUUGACCCUCCCUCCGGCCGGCCAUGCCCUUCAGGCUGAAGCUGCGGCGCACGCGGCGCUACAACGUCCUGAGCAAGAACUACUUUGUGACGCGGAUCCGCCUGCUGGACAGCAAUGUGAUUGAAUGCACCCUGUCAGUGGAGAGCACGGGGCAGGAAUGUCUGGAGGCGGUGGCCCAGAGGCUGGAACUACGAGAGACCCAUUACUUUGGGCUCUGGUUCCAGGGGAAGACCCAGGCUCCGGCCCAGCGCUGGGUGGAACUCGAGAAACCCCUCAAGAAGCAGCUGGACAAGUUUGGCAAUGAGCCGCUGCUCUUCUUUGGAGUCAUGUUCUACGUUCCCAACGUUUCCCGGCUGGAGCAGGAAGCCACCAGGUAUCAGUAUUACCUGCAGGUAAAGAAGGAGGUGUUGGAUGGACGUCUCCACUGCACCGUGGAGCAGGGCAUCAGACUGGCUGGCCUCGCAGUACAAGGUGAGACGCACACACGAACAAACACCUCAUGGAAUGUAAACACACAGCUUAUCACCAGCUCCAAGUUCCGCUCUCAGGACUUCCUCAGGGAGUACGUGCUCUUCCCAGUGAACUGGCCAAAUGUGGACAAGGUGCUGGAAGACUGGACCCAGAAAGUCGCCGAGGAGCACAAGAGUCACUGUCGGAUGCAGGCCGCUGAAGCAGAGCUGCUGUACAUCAAGGAGGUAGAAAAACUGGACGGCUUCGGCCAGGAGAGCUUUGCUGCUAAGGACAACUACACCAACGAUAUCUUCAUCGGCGUGUCUUUCAUCGGCGUGUUUGUCAAACACAGGAACGGCCGAUCCAUCAUGCUCCACAAGUGGAAGGACAUCGGCACCAUCGCGCACAACAAGGCAGCCAUCACAGUGGAGAUAACGAACCGAGACGACACCAUCGCUUUUCACAUGGAGGAUAUGGAAAUGGCCAAGUACAUUUCUCGUCUUUUCACGGCCAGACACAAGUUCUACAAACAGAACAAGAUCUGUGCAGAGCCCACUCACUCGCCAGCGCCCAUCAGGAGGAGACCCACCUGGACCCACCGCCUCUCUCUGCCGCGGCCCCAGUCCUGUAACUUCCAGUCGGUGCAUUCCCAGUAUGGAGAACAUUAUCAGGACACCCAGAGCUCUCAAGACAGCAUCUUCCAUGACGACCCGUACUACAAGUCAGAGACCAGUCUGGAGAUCUGCCAGGUGGACUUUCCCUUCCGAAACGGUACCGUGGCCAACGGCAGCAUGUACAGCAGCCCCAGCCUGAGCUCCCUCAAUCGAUCCCAGACUUUUGUCCCGCCCUCGCCCAUGUCGUCCAACCUCAGCAUCCCCGGCAGCGAGCUCAUGCGCCCCGACUACAUCCCCAGCCACCGCCACAGCGCCAUCAUCGCUCCAUCCUACCGGCCCACCCCCGAGUACGACACCGUCAUGCGGCAGAAGCGGCGCAUGCUGCCUGCUCACCACGACUUCCACAGCCAAUCGCUGCGCAGUCUGAACAUCAGCAACGCCUGUGCGUACCGGCAGCCUGAGGCUCUGGUGUACAGCCAGCCAGAGAUGAGGGAGAGGGGCCCUUAUCACGGUCUGGGCCCCAGUCCUGGACCGUACACACCGCAGAUCAGCUACAGUAAGCCGGUGUCCCACGGCCCCCAUCAGGGAGGACCAGCCAGCAGCCAGGGCCCCUGUCACUCCCCCUGUGUGAACGGAAGUGCAGGCGGCGGAGGAGGUGUAGGAAGCUCCAUCUCUCAUACUGUCAGCACGCCUGAGCUGGCCAACACCAAACAGCAGGGGACCAACAUGGGAAGCUACGCGGCCACGGCUAACAUGCUGAGGAACCACAUGUCGCGCCCUCCUCCGCCUUACCCCUCCAGCUCCUUCCGCCCAGCCACCAGCACGCCGGACCUGGCCAGCCACCGGCAUCGCUGCAUCGGGGGCAGCAGUCCGGAGCUGGUCACCCGCAUGGUGCAGCUGUCAGUCAAGACCUUCCAGCCGGACAGCUCGGCCGUGGUGCACCAGUCCCUGCAGGAGGUUAGCGAGCCUUUAACUGCCGCUGCUAAGCACCGCUCCACCCUGGGCAAGAGGCACAGCAUGGAGGUGAUCAGCAGCAUGCGAGGAGGAGGAGGGGGAGGAGGAGGAGGAGGAGGAGGAGGGAUGGAGGGCCUGGUGAUGAAGAGCAUGAACGCUCCCCUUCAUCGGAGGAAUACUCUCAGAGAACACGUAAUGCCAUCUCAGCCUCAGUCCAUCCCUCAGCCCCAGCCACAGACCCCUCAGUCACAACCUCAACCUCCACCCCCACCUCCACCUCAGCAGCCGAUGGAGCUGCCCAUGCAGAUGCCUGCCCAGAAUGCGCCCGAGGCUUCUGUUGGGCCACCUGCACCGGUGGCCUACCAGCAUCAAAAGACUCUCUCCAAUGCUACCAUGCUGAUACACAGUAGUGAGAGCGAAGAGGAGGAGGAGGAGGAGGAGGAGAGGCCUGAGCUGGACGUUCAGAUCCCGGGCCUCAACGAGGACAUUAGCAUCAGCGCUCAGCUCCAGGCUGCUCUGGCCAAGCUGCCCAACAAACCCCCUCCAGAGUACCCCGGACCUCCUCGACAACCUGGCAACGCUCAAAUCCGCACCCACGCCCACAAUCACAACCACACUCACCACCACAACAACCAAGGCCCGCAGGGCAACCAGGGACCGGUGGACCCAAGCCAAGCCCACGGCUGCACCCUCAAAACUGGGCAGAACCAGGGUGUUAGCGGGCCUGUUGCUGGUGGCGGUGGUGGUGCAGGCGGUGGUGGGACGCUGACCCGAGGGGAUCAGAGCGGAGUGAACGGAGGAGUUUUAGGUCCUUCCAUUUCAGAACCGGACCUGACCAGCGUGAAGGAGCGGGUGAGGAAGGAGCCGGUCAAAGAGAGGCCAGUCUCAGAGAUGUUCUCCUUGGAAGACAGCAUCGUGGAGAGGGAAUUCGCUCAGAGGACGCUGGAGAGGCAGAAGAUGUCGGUGGACUCCAUGAAGAGGCCGCUGAUGAUGGCCGCCCUCAACGGCCUCUACGUGGCCCGGAUGCCGGUCCCCGAGAGCCCGGCGGAGGACGGCGCCAAGGCAGCUACAGACGAAAGGUGUAAGACCUUGGAGUUGAAGCUAGAAGAAGAGCGGGUCUUCACCGAGUACGAGCAGGUGCCCAAGAAGAGGAGCGACUGCGUCCUCACCACAGCGACUCUGCCCGAAAACGCAGAGCGCAACCGUUUCCGCGACGUCGUUCCUUACGAGGAGAACCGGGUCGAGCUCGUGCCCAACAAGGAGAACAACACGGGCUACAUCAACGCCUCGCAUAUCAAGGUCAUGAUCAGAGGGGAGGAGUGGCACUACAUCGCCACCCAGGGUCCGCUCGCCAACACCUGCGCCGACUUCUGGCAGAUGGUCUGGGAGCAGGGGGUCAACGUCAUCGCCAUGGUUACUGCCGAGGAGGAGGGCGGCAGGUCCAAGAGUCACCGCUACUGGCCCAAACUGGGCUCCAAGCACAACUCGGCCACUCACGGCAAGUUCAAGGUGACCACCAAGUUCCGCACCGACUCCGGCUGCUACGCCACCACGGGAUUAAAAGUCAAACACCUGCUGUCUGGCCAGGAGAGGACGGUCUGGCACCUGCAGUACACCGACUGGCCUGAGCAGGGCUGUCCUGAAUAUGUCCUAGGAUUUCUCUCCUACCUAGAGGAGAUCCAGUCCGUGAGGAGACACACUAACUCCAUGCUGGACACCUCAAAGAGCCUCAAUCCCCCCGUGGUGGUCCACUGCAGCGCCGGCGUGGGUCGCACCGGGGUGGUCAUCCUCACCGAGCUCAUGAUCAGCUGCCUGGAGCACAAUGAGCCGGUGGAGGUUCCCACCAUGUUGUCAGAGCUGAGGCAGCAGAGGAUGCUGAUGGUUCAGACCAUCUCCCAGUACAAGUUUGUCUACCAGGUCCUCAUCCAGUUCCUCAAGAACUCUCGCCUCAUCUGAGCCCAGAGAGCCUCACCUUGGACCUCGUAGCGGCAGCAGACGACGACGACGGUACUUUAACGCUAGCUGGAGGACGCAGUGGGAGGCCGGAGCAGAGGCUCACGUUUGAUGUAAAUUCGAGUGGAUUUUCCAACAAGCUCACCUCAAGGGAGGAACGGAUCCGUGUAGGCCUGUAUAGAAAUCCACAACCAUUUCUCCCCAUCAGAUUUUGUUCUUGGUGUCCCUUUAAUCUCGGCGCUGGCCUUCGAUGUCGGUGCAUCUUGUCCGUACAGAUCAGGUGAGGAAGCAGCUCGUCUUACCUGCAGGUGUGAAUGUGUUUCGUUUGUCUGCGUGUUUCCUGAGAAAUCAGAUCUCAGUUUCAGUUCGGAGAGAGAUCGCCUGCCUGCUACAUUUCUCAUUUUUUAUUUAGCCAUCAUUAGAAAUGGCAUUAUGCUGCGUGAACAGUAGGUGGCAGCAGUAUUAUUACUAUACUCUAUACUCUGAAAGAGUUUGCCAAACAAAAGUAUUCCUCCAAUCACUGUUCUAAAAUGUUCCUUUGUUUUUAACAGAAUAUUGAUUAAUACAGCGAGUAUUUACUUCAGCAUUGUAACAAAUGUUUUUAUUUAUUUCUAUAAAGACUGUGGUCACCUUUGCCCUCGGCAAGCAUAUUGAUCUUUAGAUUUUUUUUUACUCCUGUAUGAAAAGCCUUCCUGGAUUCUUCUAAUUUUCUUUUUUUUGUUAAAGAUGCCUAAGCUUAGAUAUUUCUACUAAGCUCCCUGUUUUUAAACCACACACAAAGUACAUUUCAGCGAUUUUUCUCCUUGUGAUCAGAUGUGUGCUGUCACAUCUUUUACCCCAAAGCAUUUCAAAACUCUACAAGAGUCUGUCCAAAUUGGAGAUAAUUUAUAGUUUCACUGUUUAUAUGUGUAGCCAAAAGGAACCUGUGUCCGUCUACAGUAGAUGCUGUACAGAGCUGAUCAUUGUGCCUUAUUGAGAAGAAGCUGCCUGUUGGACUCUUAAAUUUGAUUAUUCUUUUUUUUUUGUACCUCCAAAGAUUAAAUUCUCAAAUCAGUAUUUAAUAACUUGCUAUAAGAACAACUUUAACAUUUCAGAUAUUUACCUGGUUCUCAUGUAGGGGGGUUGCCAGUAUGAGAUGCUGAUGUUUUCAUUUAGUUUUUAAGUAUAAAAGUGGCCCGACAGACUUUACCAAAAAUAAAAUAAAAAAUCAGAAUUAAUAAUCUGUUCCAAACUAAAAAAGAAAACAAUAAUAAUAAUCUGUUCCAAACCCGAUAUUACUGCGCUGCCACAUCUGGGAAUCCUGUUUAUAAAAUUAAAACAUUCUAAAAGUGUUCUUUUAUUGCAUGUCGUACUUUUCUGAACCGUGACGCGAAGCCGGCCACGCCCAGCGUAACUCUGUACAUACACAACGGGCGUGUGAGAAAAGACUUCCUUGUUUUGUAUCGUUUUCUUUUCUUGACUUGGUACCCUUAAAAUACCGCGACAUAAUAAACUAUGCAUGCAUUUUUAUAUUUCAAUGUAUAUAUUCUCAGAUAAGUAUAAGCUUCGUGCUCUCCUGACAUAUAAGUGUUUUGUUGCACUUCUGUUCUCUUCGACAGUAUUUCUCUCACACGGCAUUCCACUGUUUGUUUAUAUUUAAUUUUUUUUCCCCCCUCUUUAACUUUUUUUUUUUUUUUUUUUGGCCAAACUCCCAAAUAAAAAAAAUAUGUGUACAUAUGUUUUGUAUAUGCAUUUUCAGUACAUCAAGUCUAGUCUGUUUCCUUUCCCCAGACAUGUAUGAAGCUGUUGUACUUGCUUAUUAUGCAAUAAAGCCUUAUUUUCUUUA